AUGAACGAGAGAGAGGUUCAGGCGGCAGUGGCCCGCGAGGUAGACAGACGACCAUUGAGAGCAGCAGGAACAAUGUGAGUUCGGAAUAUUAUUUCUAUCUAGGGCAGAGAGAUUGGGAUUGCGACAUCUUGUUGGUGUGUAGGGAAAGGGUUGCGUAGGGUGGAGGAGAGUUCUGGAGGAGGAGGUGGUUGUCUCGGGCUACAGCAGAGGAAGCAUGGCGGGGCCUCGGUAGAAAUCAUGUCGUGUGCAUUUCGUCGGAAGGAGGGCUGAUAAUUUCGCUGUGGGUCGUAAAAGAUCGCUUCAAGAAAAUUUGUGGGAGGUCGGGAGGGCUGUGAGGGACGAACCUCGAACCAUUAGGUCAGCUGGUCACCAGUAGCGCAUUGUGAUCAAUCCAAAGAAGGAGUGGGUGUGGAGUCGAUUGACAUCGGGGGUUUGGGUUUUUUCGAUUCGCUGGUUAGGAUUUCCCAGCCAGGAUUUUUGCACACAUAUUGCCAUAGUGGAAAGAGGGUGGCUGUCAUGACAGAACCUGAAACUGAAAUUGGGAAUGGAGCGUCGGCCACCAUAGAUAGCCAGCCUACAGUGACCGAUGCACCGCAGGAGCCUGUUGAAGCUGAGGUGGUGAAAACUUCGAGUGGCGAGCAUACGGAGAGUUUACGGCCUCGGGACGUGAAGCAAGCACCGAAUGUGAGCACCGAGGGACUCUUCGCCAAGAAAGCUGAAAGCGAGGAAGUCGUCAACAAAGAAGACGACAAGAAGGUGGCAGAGAUGAAAAUAGACGAGAAGGAUGUGGAGGAGAAGGAGGUCCAAGCGAAGGUGGGAGAAAGAAAAGACGGAGCCAAGAAAGAAAGAGUCUUGAAAGAAGAAGACAAACACGAGGAAGAAUUAGAGGAAGAAGAAGAGGAGGAGGAAGAAGAAGAAGAGGAAGAAGAGGAGGAGGAAGAAGAACCAUUACAAGCGAGAAUGGUUUCAUCAAAGGAUGAAAAGAUGGAGGAAGAAGAGGAAGAGGAAGAAGAAGAAGAGGAGGAAGAGGAGGAGGAGGAGGAGGUAGAAGAGGAAGAGGUGGAGGAGGAAGAGGUGGAAGAGGAUGAGGUUGAUGACAAGGACGGCAGCAUUGAGGAGCAGAUCGCUUUCACGAGGGUCCUCGAAAACUUCUUUAGGGAUAGGAACUUGGAGUAUAAAGCUCCGAAGUUUUACGGAGAAGAACUGAAUGUUCUGAAGUUAUGGAAGGCAGUGACUUCUCUCGGGGGUUACGAACAGGUUACUUCUGGCAAGUUAUGGCGACAAGUUGGCGAACAGUUCAAACCUCCCAAGACUUGUACUACGAUUUCAUGGUCUUUCCGCGGCUUCUAUGAGAAGGCACUGUUGGAUUAUGAGAGAUUUCAAACGGGUGGUUGUCUACCUUCAAGUUUUGGAGGAAAAGACCUAAACCAAGGAGAUGCAUUGCUUUCUGGAUUUGAAAACCAAGCUGCAAUGUCUCCGACGACUCCUUCUUCGCAGCCGAAUGCAGCAGCAGCCUCUGGAUCUGGGAGAGCGAGGAGAGACGCUGCUGCCCGUGCCAUGCAAGGUUGGCACUCUCAAAGAGCUGGUAAUGGAGAGGUUGGAGAUCCCAUAAUCAAGGAAAAGAGCGGCGUGUUGAAGAAGGAGAAGCAGUUGAAGAGUUUGGGUGGAACGAAACGUAAGGAAACUGCUUCGUUGGUGGAGCGAGCUGUAAAGGUUGCUCGAGCAAAAGGAGUUAGGUCUCGGUCCUUGGAUGACGUCCCUUCUGAGAACGCUCUUAGUGCCGGUGCAAAUAUCUCAAAGGCUGGGCCUUUGUUGAAGAAGUCAGCAAAGCAGGACCGGUCAAAGCACGGUACUAAAAGCACCAGCAUGGAGCCAAUGAAAGGUCUCAAAUUAGUAAUAACAGAUGACGGCCCUCCUGCAGACUGGGUCAAAAUUAAUGCAUACAGAAAUACGGACGGCUACGAGAUCUACGCCCUUGUUCCAGGCCUUGCUCGCGAAGAGGUAAGAAUCCAGUGUGAAGAAGGUGGACGAGUGGUUAUAUGUGGAUCCCCCGAACAGCCCAGCAAUCCUUGGGGCGUUACAGCGUUUAGGAAGGUUAUCAACUUGCCUUCUAAAAUAGAUGCUCAUCACACGUCAGCUGUUGUAACUCUCUACGGACAGCUGUUCGUACGUGUGCCAUUCGCUCAUAGUUUCCAAUAGUCUGAUUCAACAUUGAGGAGGAAUUUCUAAGAGACCAAACUUACCAGUUCUGAUAUCUGCAUCACUCGAGUAUUCUGGGAUUACUCGGUCAGGAGUUGCAUCUACAGGAGCUCCGGUUUGUAUAGUGUUAAGAUAGGAAGCAAGCAUUGAGGGCUGGUUGUAGGGCCCUGUUGGGAGCAGAAUGUAUAUUCAUGUAGUAUUCAGAUGAAUGGGGAGAUCGUCAAAUAGAUACAGAGAGAUUUAUCGAAAGUGUAGAGUUAAAUUGUAGCUAAUCAAAAUACUUGUCGUAUGACAAGUGGUUUCACUUUUCGAAUGAAAUUUGUCGAUUCCCAUUGAAAUCAGGCCGUUGAGGUA